AUGCGGAGAGUCGUUUUGGAAGUUUCGGAUCCUUGUGAAAAUGGAAAUGGUGGAUGCACACAAAAAUGUAUUCGAACUGCAGCUGGAACUGCUGAAUGCGCCUGCAAUCCUGGCUUCGAUCUGCAAGCUGAUGGAAGAACGUGUGAAGAUCGUGACGAGUGUGCAGUUGGUGAAGCAAAGUGUCAUAGUGUUGCAUCGAGAUGCAUCAACGAAAUUGGUGGAUACCGUUGCGCUUGUGAUGAGGGCUAUCGUCUAUCAGUGGACGGUUUCUCCUGUAGUGAUAUUGACGAGUGCCUCAAUUACAACGGUGGGUGUUCAGGAAAGUGCAUCAAUACUCCAGGAAGCUAUAUCUGCAUUUGCCAAAUGGGUGAAGAGCUUGCGGCAGAUGGUAAAACUUGUAUUCGUUCAAACUAUGCUGGUGAUGAAAGCCCACCUUCAGAUGGGGCUUGGAAACCACCUAAUUAUGGAAACAGUGGUGACUUAACCGAAAUGAUGAUGGGCGAUGAUUAUAGCGCCUACUAUAAUCCCGGUUUAACAGAAGUUUGUCCAAUGGGUGCCUUUGGUCCUCACUGCCAAUACACGUGCUCAGAUUGUCGAAAUGGGGCCCUUUGUCGAAAAGAUGGACGGGGUUGCAAAUGUCCUCCAGGCUAUCAAGGGACAAUUUGUGCUGAAACAUGCCCAUCUGGAACUUGGGAUAUCAAUUGUAGCCGCAAGUGUGACUGUCCAUCAGGAAGCUGCAAUCCAGUGACAGGAGCGUGUGAAUGCCCACGAGGUCGAUAUGGCAAGCGAUGCGAGAAGAUUGGAUGUCCUCCAGGAUUCUGGGGCUCCGACUGCGACAAGAGAUGUCCGAAACAAUGCUCCACAGGAUAUUGUCAUUCAAAAACUGGAGCCUGCACUUGUGCGCCAGGCAAGUAUGGUUCAUCUUGUCAUAUCACUUGCCCGGAAGGCACUUUCGGAGAAAUGUGUUCAGAAGCUUGCCCGGCAAUGUGCUUCAGUGGCAACUACAAGGGUUGUGAUCCUGAGGUUAGUUAUACUUUAUAG